AUGCCAUCCCUCACACACAGCCGGCCCAAGGUCCUCGUACCUGAGAAGCUAUCACCAGAUGGCCUGGCUUUACUGCGCACCACUCUCGAUGUUCACGAACGCAAGGGCCUAACUCCGGAUGAGCUUCUCGAGAUAAUCCCAAGUUACGAUGCUUUACUUGUCCGAUCGGAGACCAAAAUCACAGCGACUGUAUUGCAGGCUGCAAAGCAAUUGAAGGUGGUUGCUCGAGCGGGCGUGGGAGUUGACAAUGUUGAUGUCGGAGCAGCUACCAAGCUUGGCAUUGUCGUUGUCAACUCACCCUCUGGAAACAUUGGUGCGGCUGCCGAGCAUACCAUAGCCUUGAUGAUGUCAAUGGCUAGAAAAAUCCCCGAAGCAUGCUCCAGCCUGAAAGAUGGGAAAUGGGAACGCAGUAAAUUCGUUGGAGUAGAGGUCAAGGGCAAAAUCCUUGGAAUCAUCGGUCUCGGAAAAGUUGGAUUGACAGUAGCUCGUAUUGCCAAGGGUCUCGGUAUGACUGUCAAUGCUCUAGAUCCAUAUGCAUCGCCAGCGGCAGCAGCCUCAGUUCCCGUGACCCUGGUAUCGUCGCUCCCUGAACUCCUCGCAUCCGCAGACUUUCUUACAAUCCAUACUCCCCUUAUCGCCUCUACUCGUGGAAUGAUCAGUGAUGCCGAAUUGGCACUCAUGAAACCGGGCGCUCGGAUACUCAACGUAGCUCGUGGCGGGACUAUCGAUGAAGCUGCAUUGCUGGCAGCACUCGAUUCAGGUCAUUUGGCGGGCGCAGCGAUAGAUGUGUUUACCUCUGAGCCACCUGAGCAGGAUUCCAUUGCCACCAAGCUGAUCGCACACCCUCGGGCAGUGGUGACACCACAUCUGGGCGCGUCCACAGUGGAAGCUCAAGAAAACGUUUCAGUCGAUGUUUGUGAGCAGGUGCUGGAAAUUCUCAAGGGUUCACUGCCUCGUAGCGCUGUGAAUGCGCCGAUCAUUCUACCGGAGGAGUAUCAAAAGCUCCAACCAUUUGUUCAGCUGGUGGAAAAGAUUGGUACUCUGUAUACUCAGCACUAUGCUUCCCUUCCCGGUGGCUCAAUGGCACGAAACACAUUCGAUCUUGUUUAUCAUGGUGAGGUGGCUAGUAUCGGCAAUACAAAGCCGCUCUUUGCUGCAUUGAUCAAGGGCUUGCUUGCACCAAUCAGUGGCGAGGAAGGGUUCAACAUUAACAUUGUCAACGCUGAACUUGUGGCCCGUGAGCGUGGAAUUUUCGUGUCCGAGCAGCACUCUCGAGACCCUCAAGAGGAUUCCUCGUAUUCAUCUCUGAUUACUCUCAUUGCACGACCACCAUCCCGUGCAUCCUCUCGGGCACCUGAUGCAUCGGAUCCAUCAAAUAAUGCUCCUCAACUUCAACACCAGAGAAUCAUCUCAGGGACUUGCCGGGGUGGGCAACCGUUAAUAACUCGGUUGGGACGCUUUGAAGCUACCUUCGAACCGGAGGGCACAUUGCUCAUCUGUGAGAACUAUGAUUCACCUGGAAAGAUUGGUGUUGUUGGCAGUAUCCUUGGCAGAGAAGGAGUGAACAUCAACUUCAUGACUGUCGCCCCCAUCUCCUCGAAAUUGACCACAAGUGAGGCAAAAUUGACCAAGAGUGACAGGGGUGUAGUACUCUCAGAUGAUUCGGUUCUUGGAAAGAAGGAGGCACUCAUGAUUUUGGGGGUUGAUCGGGUCAUCCCGCUGCAGACCACGACUGACCUGGUCAAGGAGGGAGGCGUUCUGAGUGCUUGUGCGGUGACUCUAUAA